GUCACGCCGGAAGAUCAGCUGCGAAGGCUGUGGGCGUAGAGGGGAAAGGCGAGCUCCAGGCCUCGAGGCGAGCUGUGCCGGAGGGGAGAUGGGCCGGAGUCGCUCCAGGUCUCCUCCUAGGAGGGAACGUCGGCGUUCCAGAUCCGCCUCACGUGAGAGGGAGAGGAGGAGACGGGAGCGAUCAAGGUCUCGGGAGAGAGACAGGCGGAGAAGCCGUUCCCGUUCCCCACACAGGCGACGAUCCAGAUCUCCACGGCGACAUAGAUCCAGCUCUUCCUCCCCUUCCCGGCAGAAAGAAAGGCGUGAUGAUGAGAAGAAAGAGACCAAAGAUGCUAAAGGCAAAGAGCGUCAGAUCACAGAGGAAGACCUGGAGGGUAAGACAGAAGAAGAAAUUGAAAUGAUGAAAAUGAUGGGAUUUGCUUCAUUUGACACGACAAAGGGCAAGAAAGUGGAUGGCUCUGUAAAUGCCUAUGCUAUCAACGUAUCGCAGAAGAGGAAGUACAGGCAAUACAUGAACAGAAAAGGUGGAUUCAACAGACCUCUGGAUUUUAUUGCUUGACAUCUGCACUUGUUACAUGUGAAAGACCACUUCACUCUCUAGUCCCUUAAUUGUCUUACCAGCAACACCUGUGGUUAAGCGGAUUUCAGCUUCUUCCCACACAGAAUGGGGAUCUCAUUUGCGGAGAGACCAUGGAAGUGACAUUGUCUCAUAGGAAGAGACGGUAACAUGUUUUCCUCAAAUGACAUGUUUGUACAAAAUGACUUUCUUUUGUGUUGCUGUGUUUUUAUUUUUUGUAGGUUUCUGUUUUAAAAUGUUGCCACUUAAAUUAAAAAAAGAAAAAUCUG